UUGACAGCUGACCAUUUCAAACAACAUUUUUAAAAAACUUUGAUUUUUUUAGUAGAAUAACUUAAAUUAUUAUAAAUAUAUUUUUAUUCAAUAUUCACAUAGAAGACAAUGUUUUUAAAAAACAUUUUACGCUCAGAAAAGUAUAUUUGUCAUAGAAUUUUAACUCGAGCGAACUCAUCAUGGAAUAUUGUUACCAGUGUUUGUGUUGAACGCUUACCCAUAGUAACACCGCCUUUAAAUGAAAUUCAAAAGAAAUUCAAGGACCUGUUAUGGACUGUAGAAGUUGAAAACAGCUUAAAAUCAGAUCAUGAAUUAAGACAUGAAAAUGAUAAAAAACAGGCAGAGCUCCUUAAAAAUGAGUCUGUAGAAGUAGAUUUGGAUACUGUAAGUAAAAUAACUGCUCAAGAUUUUGAAGAUACAUCAAAUGAAGAAUUGGCUAAGUUUCAUUUUGCCCCCAUUGAAACAGACGCAGAUAAAAAGGGAGAUAACACAUCUUCAGAUCGAUGUUUGCAGCGCCAUCUUGUUCUUGUCACUGAACAGAAAUUAGGCAAUGAUAUAAAGACUAUCUUGCCUCAAGGUCAUUGGAAAGAGGGAGAGACUUUAAGACAAACAGCUGAACGAGUGUUACAAGAGCAAUGUGGACAAGAAUUAAAAGUUACAUUUUUAUCAAAUGCACCUUGCGGUUUUUAUAAAUACAAAUAUCCUUCUGAAUUGGAUGGCAAGGUUGGAGCUAAGGUUUUCUUCUAUUACGCAAAUUUCAAAGAUGGAACCGUUAGUAAAAACACAAAAUCAAAAUGGUUGACGAGGAAUGAAAUGACUGAAUUUUUGCCACAAAGAUACGAUAAAGCACUAAAAGAAUUUUUAAUAGAAGAAACAUACUGAUAUACCAAAUUAUAAGAAUAGUUAAGAAUAUGUAGUAAGUAUUAAAUAUUAAUAUAAAAUAAAUUUGUUUAAUUUCGCCUAUGGUUAAUAUUUUUGGUGUGAUCUUAAAAUAAUAUUUGAAAUUGACAGAGAAACUUAUCAGUCAGUGAACCGUUUUUAGAAUUCAAAAUAUGUUUUAUAUAAAUUAAAUUUCGUGCAUAAAAUAGAAAAAACAUUCUUUUAUAAUAUGUCUACAUUGAAGUAAGAAAAGACCGUGAACCUUGUUUGAUAUUUUGUAAUUUUUCUACAACAAAACUGAACGGUUGGCCAAGACUUAAAAUGACUUUUCAUUACAAAGAAAUAAUAUACAGAUACAUCCCUCUAUUACAGUAGAUAAAAUCUGUUAUAGAUAAUAGAACAGUUUUUUUUUAUAAUGGCAAUAGUUUUAACUUUAUGCCAGUUACAAGUAAAAGGUGGGGAAUCUACACGCGAGAAAAAAAUAAACAAAGACAUCAAAAGAAAACAAAGGGAUAAGCAGGUUAAAAUAAUAUAUGUACAGAAACAUAUUACAUCUUAAUAUUAUUAUUGAUUAUGAAAGAAGAUAAUACAUUAUAAUACAAUAAAGGAUAAAGCAAAAGGCAGGAGAUUUUAGUCGGAAACGGAACAUGUAGUAAUUGUAAGGAAUACAGAUAGGAGGUGCGGUGCAUAUUGGGAACAAGAAAAGAAAUAUGGUCGAGGUCACCAAUAUCUUCCCCACACUCACAAAUAUUACUAUCAACAAUAGGAAGCCUUGCUAAAUGAUGAUGUGUACAUACAUGUCCUAAACGCCUUCUGGAUCUUGGAACAGUUUCAGGGUUAACCAAAAGAAUAUACGGACGUAAAAAGACAAAAAUAUUUAUAAUAGUUGUAAU